AUGUAUAGUCUGUGUGUGUGUCAAGUUGUAUGCCAUGUGUUGAUUGUUACCUACUCUGUGAAUUAUUAUUGACUGUGAUCUUGAUCAAUAAAACGUGUGAAUUUCCCAAUCUGUUAUUUAUUUGGAAUAUCGAGCAAUAACUUAAUAGUGGCGACGAAUAAACCAAGAAGAUGGCUUCAGCAAACAUUGCAAGUGCAGUUAUGCCCGGAAAAUUCGACCCCAACAAAGAUAAAUGGGAGAAUUACAGGGAGCAACUUUUCUUCGCAUUGGAAGCUGCUGGACCAUUGCAAAGCGUGCAGAAACGAGCUCUAUUCUUGUCUCAGUGUGGAAAGGAGGCGUUUGCUCUGAUUGUUUCACUGUUAGCACCAAGGAAGUCGAGUGAAGUGUCAUUUGAGGAGAUAGUAGAAAUCCUAAAUAAAUUCUUCGUGCCGACACCGCAUCCAAUUUUAGAAACUGAAAAGUUUUACAAAAGGAAGCAGAAGCCUAAUGAAUCGGUUACAAACUUCGUAGCGGCGUUACGUGACAUUAGUUCCCGUUGCCAAUUCAAUGUGGAUCUAGAGCGAAGAAUUGUGGAACAACUUAUUCUAGGAGCACGAGAAGAAGGUUUAAGGAAGGAACUACUGAAAAUUAAAGUGAAAGAAAUUACAUUCGACGUAGUGGUGCAGCAAGCGCUUAAUUACGAAUCAAUUCAGCAAAAUAACCAGACUGAUGGGAAUAAUUUAUUGUCGAGAACCCAUUGUGAUGUCGCCCCGAGCAGCAUGAGCAGAGGCGAGGGCGAGCCGAUGGAGGUGAACGCAGUCAAUACAAGAUUUAACAGCACGAAUGAAUCAAAAGAAGUUGCCAAAUGUGUGCAUUGUGCUAAAAGUCACUCCGGCAGAUGUAGAUUUCGGAACGCAACCUGUUACAAAUGUCACAAAAAAGGUCACACGAAAGCUGUUUGCGAUGUAAACAAACAAAAAUCGCGAUUAUAUUUUUGUUGUCACUGUGAGGGGGCAGAUGAAGAAGCCGAAAACAAUACCGAGGACAGUUUUGGUGUUCAUGAGGUGUCUGGCGCGAGCCGCGUGAAGCCAUUCAUGGUAGAGGUGACUGUCAACGGCAUCCCGCUCGUCAUGGAGGUGGACUCGGGCUCGGCGCGCUCCAUUCUGCCGCACAGCGUCUACAGACAACAUCAAAGUGUGUUUCGUGAACCACUGACGCCAUGCAACAGCAAGUUAGUCACUUGGACGAAUGAUGAACUGAAAAUCAGGGGCGAGACGAUGGUUAACGUGACUUACAAGGAAAAGAGUAGUAAGCUGCCCUUAAUAGUUAGUUGUGGAAAAGGGCCAGCGUUACUAGGUCGUGCUUGGUUUGAUGCACUAGGAAUUUCAGUGCAUGGGAUUAACUCAGUAGACGAGAGAAGUACUGACUAUAGCGAGCGGUUUCCACAGCUAUUUAGUGGCGAGUUGGAUAAGUACAGUGGGCCAUUGGUUCAGAUUGAUUGUAAAAAAGAUGCAUCUCCAGUAUUCCUGCGUUCAAGACCCGUACCAUUCCCACUUCGUGAAAAGGUAAAUGCAGAGCUGAAGAGGAUGAUGGCAGAUGAAAUAAUUACUCCAGUGAAGCAUUCACAAUGGGCUACACCUCUUAGAAUUGUCCCAAAGUCUGAUGGAUCUCUGAGAUUAUGCGGGGAUUAUAGAAGUACAGUGAAUGCAGUAUGCUUAGCAGAUAGUUAUCCGCUGCCCACAGCAAACGAAGGGUUCUUUUCCUUGGCUGAAGGUAAAAUAUUUACAAAGCUGGAUUUAAAACAUGCAUACAAUCAACUGAAGGUCACUGAAGCAACAGCAGAGCUCCUGACACUUAAUACACCACUAGGAUUAAUGAAAAUGAACCGUCUUGCUUAUGGUGUAAACGCAGCUACUGGUAUAUUUCAACGGCUGAUGUGCUCCAUACUAUCUGGCAUUGAUGGAGUAGCCUGUCUGCUUGAUGAUGUUGUAGUUAGUGGAUGUACAAUAGAACAACAUGAUAAAAGACUGAUGUCGGUGCUUAAACGCCUAGAUGAGGUCGGAUUGAAGUUAAACAAAUCUAAAUGUGUAUUUGCUGCAAAAAGAGUUACAUUUUUGGGUUAUGAGAUUGAUGAAGCAGGGAUCCACCCAUCUAAAGAUAAAGUUAAGGAGAUAUCAGAGAAACCAGCACCUAAGAACAAAAGAGAACUAAAAGCUUUUCUUGGGCUCUAUAAUUUUUAUGAGCGAUUCUUGAAGGAUAAAACAGUUGUGUUGGAACCAUUAUACAAGCUUUUGAAAGAAAAUGUCAAAUGGCAGUGGAGCACAGUUCAACAGAAAGCUUUUGACAAUGCUAAAGCUCUUCUGACCUGUGAUAUGACACUUGUGCACUACAGCUUAGAAAAGGAGCUGAUGAUGAUAUGUGAUGCGAGUGAGGUCGGUGUUGGAGCGGUGCUAGUGCACAAAAUGGAAGAUGGCACAGAGAGGCCUGUCAUCAUGAGCUCAAGGACUCUUCAGCCCCAUGAAAGACGGUAUGCUCAAAUUGAUAAAGAGGCCCUAGCUAUCAUGUUCGGAUUAAAGAAGUUCAGGCAAUAUCUGUUGGGUCGGAAUUUCAUGAUACUCACAGAUCACAAGCCAUUGCUUGGGAUAUUUGGGCGAGACAAAUCAAUCCCAGAAUUGGUAUCACCAAGAAUGUUGAGAUGGGCGCUAACGCUAAAUACAUUUGAUUACAAGUUACAAUACCGACCAGGAAAACAGAUGGGAGAUGCUGAUAGCUUGAGCAGAUGGCCUACGCCAUGCACAGAAGAAGAUAUUGAAGAAGAAAAUGAUGUGUUUCUACUGGAACAGACAGAUUCAUUGGGAGUUACUUCAAAAAAGAUAGCAAAAGAAACAGAGAAAGACCAAGUGUUGAAAAAGGUUAAAAUGUAUUUAUUACAUGGAUGGCCAAAUACAGUUGAUCCGGAAUUGAUUCCUUUCCAGAGGCGAAAGGACUGCCUUUCACUAAGUAAAGACUGUGUUCUAUGGGCUAAUAGAGUAGUUAUCCCACAGAGUUUACAAAGACACAUAUUGAAGAGGUUACAUGAGGGACACAGUGGUAUCGUGCAAACUAAAAUGAUGGCAAGAGCAUACCUGUGGUAUCCUGCUCUAGACACAGACAUCGAGAAGAUGGUAGGGGAUUGUGAGCAGUGCCUGUUGAAUAGGAACAAUCCACCUGCCACAGAACACAGUUGGCCGGGUACCACAAGACCAUGGUCAAGGGUACAUAUCGAUUUCAUGGGUCCAUUCAUGGGCAAAACAUUCCUCGUGGUAGUUGAUGCGUACAGCAAAUGGCCAGUUGUAAGAAUUAUGCCAGCAAUGACAAGCAAAGCCGUAAUUGAUGCCCUAAGAGACAUAUUCGCUGACAAUGGAUUACCAGAUUCCAUUGUUUCUGAUAAUGGCCUGGCUUUUACUUCCACGGAAUUCCAGGAAUUUAUUGACAGGAACUACAUUAAACACGUUACGGGAGCGCCGUACCACCCAUCUACUAACGGCCAGGCUGAAAGGAUGAUACAGACUAUCAAGUCUAAGCUAAAAAAACAAUCCAAUGCACCUUGGUUAGAGCGAGUAGCGAGAAUGCUAUUUCAUAUGCGAACUACACCAAGCACAGUGACUGGCAAGACCCCAGCUGAAAUGCUAAAUGGCAGGAAGUUUCGCACAGCACUUACAGUAUUGCAUCCAGAACUGGAUGCAGCUAAUACCGGAACAGACAUAGAGGAUAGAACAGCUGAGAAGGAAGGAGGAGAGAUAAAUAAGAAAAGGUUUAAUGUUGGAGAUCAUGUUUUAUUUAGACUGUACAAUAUGAACAACAAGUGGCAACGUGCAUGUGUAACAGCCGUGCUGGCGCCAGCCUUGUAUGAAGUCACCACCGACGGAGGUGUGAGGCAUCGCCGGCAUGUGGACCAGAUGCUGAGGACCAGACCCCCUGUCAAUGAGACACAGAGACACCAAGAGUAUGAGGGAGAUGAGAAUGACCCAGACAUAAUUAUUCCACCACCAGAAGAAUGGUCAGAUAUUUUAGGAAUGUAAAGUAUUUUAUUGGUGAUUAAACUGAUUAAUUAGUACUUGUGUCUGUCGAUCAUAAAAAUUGUAGUGAUUCAUUCAUGAUUGUUGUUCAAUAACUUAGGGGAAAGGUGUUAUGUAUAGUCUGUGUGUGUGUCAAGUUGUAUGCCAUGUGUUGAUUGUUACCUACUCUGUGAAUUAUUAUUGACUGUGAUCUUGAUCAAUAAAACGUGUGAAUUUCC